UUACAUAAAAUUAAACGAUCAAACAGAUCAAACUCCAAAAUAUCAGUGAAAAUUGAGUAAGAUCAAAGAAAUAUCGUAGUCGUGUUCAAUUGUGAGUAACCCGGUCAGUUUAUUCUUACAAUAUUUGUUUAUUAAAACAAUAUGCAAAUCCUAAAAGUGAGUGUGCUGGUGGUAAAUAAUUUACGCAAAACGUUUUAUUGUGGUUCGAGACUAAUGUCAAGCUCAGAAUGUGCCAAAUCGUUGUUGUACAAAGAGUAUGGAGAACCAGCAGAUGUUUUACAAAUUACUACAGAGAGUCUUACAGCUCCACAAGAAAAUGAAGUUGUUGUAAAAUGGCUUUAUGCACCUGUGAACCCAGCUGAUAUCAACACUAUACAGGGAAAAUAUCCAAGCAAGCCACCUUUACCUGCUGUACCUGGUAACGAAGGUGUGGGUGAAAUUGUUGCUGUUGGAACGAAUACAAACAAUUUUUGUGUUGGGGAUAAAGUGGUUCCCAAUGGAGUCAAUAAAGGAACGUGGAGAACUCAUGCUCUAUACAAAUCUCAAGAUAUGUACAAGAUAAACAACAAUCUUGAGACCAUAACAGCCAGUAUGCUUAAUGUCAAUCCCUGCACAGCUUACAGAAUGUUGAAGGACUUUGUACCUUUAAAGCCAGGUGAUACUGUUAUUCAGAAUGGUGGUAAUUCUGCAGUUGGACUUUUUGUUAUCCAACUGUGUAGGAUAUGGGGUUUAAAGAGUGUAAAUAUUAUUAGAAAUAGACCAGACGUCCAAGAGUUGAAGAACCAACUGUUAGAUUUGGGCGCUAAUGUUGUCAUGACUGAAGAAGAGUUGAGAACGACCACCUUGUUCAAGAGCAAAACAUUACCAAAGCCCCAACUAGCCUUGAACUGUGUAUGUGGCAAAAAUGCUUCAGAGGUUCAAAGACAUUUAGAUCACGGUGGUAUCAUGGUGACUUACGGAGCAAUGUCCAGAGAGCCUUUGACUGUGCCAGCUUCCUCUUUGAUCUUCAAAAACCUUAGCUUCAAAGGCUUCUGGAUGACCACAUGGACCAAUAAAAAUGCCAACUCUGAGGAACGGCAUAAAAUGCUUGAAGAGCUUCAGCAACUAUUCAUAAAUAAAGAACUGAAAGCUCCACCGCAUCAACUAGUUUCUUUUUGUAAUUACAAGGAGGCAGUUGUAAAUGCUCUUAAACCCGGUGGACAAAGCAAUGCAAAAUACAUUUUAGACUUGACAGGUUAA